UAAAGCGUCAAAAUGGCGACAAGGCAACGAAACAGACCGUCGUCUGGAUUCGAAAAAACUCGUCGUGGUAGAGAAAUAAUGCGUCCUAUAAUUUCAUCGGAUGUAAUGGGUAAUAGAAAUGUUGAAAUAGUUCCAGUUGGAGCAUGGGUUGAGCCUGCGGAUGCUGAUGUUCAGCAAGAUGCAGUAACAGCUGCCAAAGAAGAAGAGCUGAAAAUUAAACAAAUUAAAGAAGAAAAAGAAAACUGUUUGCGAGAUUUCCAAAGAAAAGUCAAACAGCGUCUCAAUUAUGCUAAUCGAUUAAAGCGAGAAAAACAAAUACAAGAAGCAGAAGAAGCAUUUGAAAGAGAAAGAAAAGUUGUUCAACAAUCAUUACUAACUGGAGAUGCACCAAGACGUGACACAUGUAUCCAGAGACAAGACCUAGAUAAAGCAAUUAUGAAGCGUCUUUUAGAAAAAUAUGGAGAAGAUGUUUCAACUUGGGAAAGAGUUUCUAGUCAGCCAUUGCAAUCCCACACAGAAGAGAGUCACCAGGUUACAGACAAAGCUCGUCAACAAUUGAUAUCAAGAAAAAUUGGACAGAAAUCUAAUGAAGAUAGUCAGAAGCAUAACCUUCGUAGUAAAGCAACUAGAGUUGUACAGAAUCCUGUGGUGAGAAGUGUAGUCAAUGUAGAUGGUGGGAAUGUCAGAACCAGCCAGUCCAAAAGGAAGACCCAGAAGUUAGAGGAGGAUAAAAAGUUAAACUCUGAGUUGGAGGUGGCAGGGAACAAAAAAAAUGAUCAAGUACCCAACUCGAGAACAGAGGCUGAAGAAUCAGAUAACACAGAUGUUAGCAGUGAUUAUGACAGUGAUUAUGACAGCGUUGAUGAAGAAAGUACAAAGGUUCAGUUUGCUGAUCCAAAGAUUAUAACAGUCAGGCAAAAGAUUAAAAAAAGAUCAGGAUCCUCCAAAAGACCUUCUUCUUCAAGAUUAUAUGCCAUUUUAUCACAAGAUGCAGAAAAUGGACUUUUGGCUCGGCAGAGGAAGCAACAAACUGCCGUCUCUAGAAGGAUUUUCAUGGACAGAGAGAGAGAAGCGGUGAGAGAAAACAUUCGCAGACAGGAACACAGAAAAAAGAUUAUCAGCCUCAAGAAAGAGAAGGAGGAGGUCAGACAGGAGCUGGAAGAAUUAGCCCAUCAACAGUUUGAGCCAGAUGACUUUGAGAAGGGGGAGUCAGCUGAAGAAGCCAAACUCAGGGAGGAAAUAGAACAGCUGCAAAUCCAAGAGAUGGUGAACAGAAAGAAAGAUGAAAUAAGGAAAGCACGAGAAAUGGAAAGGUACCUGGAUGCAUUGCGCCAUAGUUUGGUUGAGAAGGUGUCAAGACAGAGGCUACAGUUGCCAGCACUGUGCUCCUGUGGUGAUACCAUUUGGGACACACACCCUGAGACUUGCGCCAAUAACUGUUUCUUCUAUAAAAAUCACAGAGCAUAUGCUCGAGCACUGCAGUCACUUUUAACAUCCUCUGAAGUCAAAUAAAGAUCCAUUAAAAACUCUUGUAAACAGAAUUUGUAUUAUUACACUAAUAUUUUAAACAAAGUUUUUAAACCUUGUAUCAUAUAAACCUGUGUAGUCACAAGUACACUUUGGUGUAUUGAUAUACUAGGGAUGUUUCAGUUAUUUCUUCAUUAAUAAAAAGAAUGAACUGAUUUACUAAGGGUUUUCCAUAAUUAUUGUCAUUCACAAAUAGUUGUGACAGGGUGAUGCAGCAUUUAAUGUGUAUUUCUCAUGGACAAAUAUGAAUAAAAAAUAGAUGUAAAUUUUUUUCAAAUACAAAAGACCAGUGGUUCAUAACCUUUUUGGAAGUACCAAACCCCAAAAGUUUCAUACAGGCAUUCACAGAACCCUUCUUAAAAGUUCCAUGGUCUGCACUGACAAAGUCCAAUUGUGAAGCAUAGGAGUCUGGCGUGUGUCUUGUGACCUCUAACAAACCCUUGAGACUAACUCCCUGAACCCCAUGAGUUCAAUUGAGCACAAGUUAAGAACCACUGCAAAUAUAGCCAUGAGACUCUAAUAUUACAAUUUACACUAUAAGGUCUUAAUAUACUGUUGUGACAGUAUCCAUGUCAGAAUUUGCCUUAUACAAGAAUAAUACAUGCACAACUAUUUUUACACCACAAAUACAAUGUUAAAGUACAUUGUUCUUUUACAUUAUUUAAAAGAGCAUGAGUAAUGUGACUUAAGCCUGUCUAGACAUUAGAAGCGCAAUGUUCUUUAAUUAAAUAACAUUAGUGAUUAACAGGUCUCUUCUACCCCAUUUCGCUAUUUGUUUCUUUGUCUCAUCAACAGCACUGUAUUAUAUUAUGUGGAUAUGAUGUGUAGUUGUGAUAAAUCAGGGGUCCCCAAACUUUUCAGUCCGAGGGCAGCAUUAACUAUCAAAUUUCAGUUCGGGGGCCAGUUUCUUCCAGGCAUGUCUUUGAUUUUUCUGGGCAAAGUUCCUCAGCCAUCACCAACAAACGUUUUUCGGUGGACAAAAAGAUCUCCGUGGGCCGGAUGAGAGGACCUCGUGGGCCGCAGUUUGGAGACCCCUGUGAUAAAUUGAUUGUAAAUAGUGUGGUGUCUGUAUAUUGUAAACAUUUAACACAUGCAUACUCUGUAUUAUCGUAAGUCUACUUUAAAAAUUCUUAUGAUUUUAAAAUUUUCAUACUUGAAAUAAAAUAUUUUGUACAUUA